UAGACGAUUGCACUGGUUUAUUUGUUUAUUACACUUUAAUGAACUUCCACUUCGUCACUUGUUCUCCGCAUUGGAAAAGUCCACUACAAGCGGACCGCGCACAGCUAGCGGGAUAAUAACAAAGCAAAUCGAAACAUGCGAGCAGAUGGCGGCUGUACCCGACUUUGAGGCCAUUUCGUUGGGAGAUAUGCCUCCAGCCAUUCAUGAAAAAAUGCUCUCGACUGACGUUCAGUACUUGUAUCGAAUGGCAAAUGCAGUUUGUGAUGGUUUCUGCCCCCAAAAUUUAGCCAGUAUGAAUCCGGGACAAAUUGUGCACUCUCGAUGGCUAACAAAGGCAAGCAGACUCUUACGUUUAUACGUGACAACUAGUUCACCAUCAGCGAAUUUAAAAACUUUGUCAACUUACAUAAUGAAAGUUUACGUACCGAUGUACUUUAACAUUAAGUUCUACAACUCAGUUGUAUACGGCAGUCUCUUGUUUUUUAAAUUUAUACAGUCCACGCGAUAUUUACCACCAACGCUGCGAGAAAUUGCUAACACUGUAAUCCAAAAUAAUUCAUACUUCGCUCAUCCUGAAAAUAUCUUACUGGCAAUGCUUUAUGAUAAGAGAAAAGAUGUUCGCGAAAGAGCCAUAAAAAAGAUACUACAUUAUCGUGAUAAAGUUUGUGAUCCGACUAAUCUAAGGGUUUAUGAUAAAAAGCACGCAAUAAAUUAUGAAUGCUAAGACUACUUUGAUCUGGUUGACCUAGAUGAUGACAGUGUUUUGUCUGAGCCUCCAUUCUCAGCAAACAUUCCAUACGAACACUUGUUGCAGUUUAUUGAGUCUGAUGAUCCGCCGCUUCCUGACCCAGGGAUUCCAUGUAAUACCCAAGCAACCGAGCGUUGUGUACAGCUUUUGACAACCGUUUCUCGACGCGCUAUUGCAAAGAAUAGAGACGAUAUCAUGGCCGUAACUAUAGAAACUCGUACUACA